AUGGAUUUCCAAUCAUUGCUCCCUGAGCUGACUUUUGAAGAGAAAGUAUCCCUUCUCUCUGGGCGAGAUUUCCAUGCUGCCGCUGGCAUCGAUCGCCUGGGCAUCCCGCCUAUGAAAGUAGCUAACUCUGUGAAUGGCAUUGGUCCACAUGACAUGGAACUUGAGGUGACUACUGCCAGUUUCCCCAGCACUACAUGCUACGGCUCAACAUUUGACGCUGAGCUUCUUGGCCGUUUAGGCGAGGAACUGGCCGUGCAAGCGAGAUUGAAAAGCGCACAGCUUGUACUGGGACCUACUAUCAAUAUUCACCGUGAUCCGCGAGGGGGCCGCAAUUUCGAGUGCUUCAGCGAGGACCCUCUCUGGCCAGCUAGCUGGGGCUAUUGUCAACGGCUUACAUCGAGGCGGAGUUGGCUUGACGGGAGGACACUGAGAGAAAUUUACCUUGCAGCAUGGCAACAUCUCCUCAGAACAUCUGACCCCGAAGGUGUGAUGACUGCGUAUAACAAGGUCGACGGACAGUUCUGCAGUGCCAAUCCGGAUUUAAUCGAAAGGGUCUUACGACGCGACUGGGCCUUCAAGGGCAUGACCAUGUCAGACUGGUUUGGAGUUCAUGAUACAGUCGGGCCAAUCAAGGCUGGGCUGGAUCUCGAAAUGCCAUUUCCAGUCUUUCGCGCAUCAAAACUGGUCGAAGCGGUUCAUUGCGGCGCCGUUACCGAAGAAGAGAUCAACAAUAGGGUGAAAAUGAUGCUCGAGCUGAGAAACAGGACACGAUCCUGCCAUGACCAGAAGCCUGAGCGAUCAGAAAUUCGCGACGAAGAAAACAAGCUCGCUUGGGAGAUUGCCACCAGUGGAAUUGUUCUUCUCAAAAACGCCAACAAGGCACUUCCGCUCUCACCUGCGGACUCUCAAAAAAUAGCACUUAUCGGCGAAUUUUCUGCAGAUCCUGUUAUUACAGGAGGGGGGAGUGCAUCUUGUAUACCGCAAUAUCGACUCUCGCCCUUGGAUGUCAUGCGAAAAGAAUUCCCUUCCGUCAAAUGCGCUCUUGGUGUCCGCACCCGUCGACUCAUCCCGAUAGCUCCAACAGAGCAGUUAAUCUCUGCUGAUGGCCGCCCUGGUGUGGACAUUAAGUACUACGACGAAGAGUCAUCCGAGCUUCUUCUGUCUGAAUUCCAGGCGAAACCUCAUGUUUGGAUGCUUGGCCGGUUCAAGCCAGAGUUGAAGGUUCCAGGCUGCAAUCUACAGCUCAUCACAAAGUUGAUUCCCCUUAGCACUGGUCGGCAUACAUUGGCAGUCAGGUGUACUGGCUCCUUCUCCGUGGCCAUCAAUGACAAGAUUGUCUUGACAGGUCCAGCUAAGGAUAUCUCUACCGAGCAAUUCAUCUUCAACCCCAUCCUUUUAGAGUCUCGUUUGCAAGUUCUUAUGGAGGCCGGCAAAUCCUACGAUAUCCGUGUCAUCGUCAAGGGUCCCGAAGAACUUGCUGUCGGCGAACCGACGCCAUUUUCUGCUACGCUUUGCUUCGAGGAGUACCGGUCAGAGGAAGAGGCUAUCGCUGAGGCGGCGAAGCUGGCAAGUGAGUCAGAUAUCAGCAUCAUCUACGCUGGCCGCAGCGAUCAAUACGAGUCGGAAGGAUUCGACCUUGAAGAUAUGCACAUGCCACUGAAUCAAACAGCCCUGAUAAAGGCUGUAGCCGCCGUCUCAAAGAAGACGGUAUUAGUUCUUCAUUGCGGCAACCCGAUUAAUGUCAACCCUUUCGUUGACGAUGUAGACGCGAUAUUGAACGCCCAUUUUCCCGGCCAAGAAGGCGCGAGAGCAGUCACCGAUAUUCUUACUGGCAAGGUCUGUCCAAGCGGGCGCCUUGCCACAAUGUGGUUCAAGACCCUCGAGGAUUGCCCAAGCUUCGAACACUUCUCACCCACGGCCGUGGAAGAUGGAAAUAUCUACCUUGAAUAUAAAGAAGGGUUAGAAGUUAGAUACCGUUGCCGCGAUAGCCAAAGCCGAGUGAGGUGGCCUUUUGGCUUCGGGUUAUCGUAUACCAACUUCAGCUAUUCCGGGCUUAGGGCUACCGUCGACGGAGAAUCGACAGAGCCGAAACUCAAAUGCCACGUUGAGGUUAAGAACACAGGUGCAGUAUCUGGCAAGGAGGUCGUCCAUCUGUAUAUCAAGCCAGCAAAAGAUACCUUAGUUUGGAGGCCUGAGCGUGAGCUUAAAGCGUUCACAAGAGUCUCGCUACAACCAGGUGUAUCUCAACUGGUGAAGCUAGAGGUCGAGCUUGAUGUAGCCUGCAGCUACUGGGACGAGAAUGAAGUGGCCUGGAGGAUUCAGCCGGGCAUUUACAAGGCGUGUAUAGCCGAUUAA